UAAAGCUCCCAGCCUUUAAUACUCUCUUGACUGGAGCUCUUGAUAUUAAAAACCAGAACCAUGAUCAUGGUGGCUGCAGAACAAACCCAGCGGAUCUUUCCCCUCUCACAACGUGUGUCCUGAGCACCUCUGCAGUGCAUGGAUAACUUUCCAGUGCUGUCUGAGUGCUGGCAGACCAGCAUGUCCCCUGUCAGCUGGUCCCUGGGUGCAGUUUGACUCCAGCUCUCUUUCCCCAGACCCCCAAAGCUGACAUGUGCUCGAAGCUGGGGAUGGACCUGAAGCGGACGAUGCUGCUGCGCCUGGCACGGAGGGAUCCCAGCCUGCAUCCCAACGACCCAGCCAAGAGGGAGGCCAUCUAUGACAAGUACAAGGAAUUUGUGAUCCCAGAAGAGGAAGCUGAAUGGGUUGGCUUGAGUUUGAUAGAAGCCAUAGAAAAACAGAGGCUCCUGGAAAAAAAGGACCCUGUCCCACUCUUCAAGGUGUAUGCUGAGGAGCUUGUCAACCGACUGAAAGAACAGGCAGCCCAGAAACAGUAGAAGAAAACAAGCUUCUGGAGCAGAACCUCUGCUGUGGAUGGAGCUGUGGGAUUCAGUGGGUCUGCUGUCUGAACCACACUGCUGGGGAAGGGGCCACAUGAAGAGUGUGCCCAGGAGCAUGUUAUUGAAGUCUAAUGACAGCCUAAAUUCAGUGAGGACCUGCUCCUGUGGGCUGAGGAAGGAGUUUCUGUGCUGUGGCCUCUGAGAGCGUUCCUGUCAGACUGACUUAGUGUGGGUUUUUUGCCUGUACAAGCAGUUGACUGCUGUUGAGAGCUUGAUCAUGAUAUAAAAUGAAAUAUAUUUUGGGAAUAUCAGUAAACUUUUCUAACUUUUCUCUGAUA